ACCUCUUUAAUCCCCAGUCUGUGUCUGUGCUGCAGCCUGCUGGUGGAGCAUGUUAGUAAACUGUUCACUGUGCACUGACAGCCUGGUUAGCUGUCAUCAUCACGCCUUGCCACAUAACGCUGGCUAACUAAAUGUCUUAAUGCGAUGUACCGGGAAUGUAUUGAUCAUGGCCAACCUACGGAUUGUGUUAGCCGUCGUGGUUGUUCAGGCCGUCCUGUACAGAAGCUGCGAGGCUCUGCGGUGUAACUGCACCACUGCCCAGUGCGAGAGGACUGGCUCCCAGUGUGAGACUGAUGGGGCCUGCAUGGCCUCCACUUCCUUUAUUGAUGGCCAAGAGCAGCACAUCCGUAUCUGCAUCACACGGGACAAACUUGUGCCCCCUGGACAACCGUUCUACUGCCUCAGUGCAGAAGGCUUGCUCAACAUCCACUGCUGCUACACUGACUACUGCAACAGCAUUGACCUCAAAGUACCCUCAGUCACGACUCAGUCAGGACUCGGGGGCGGCUACGGCCCAGAUGGGACAUGGGGGCUGGUGGAACUAGUCGCUGUGGUUGCAGGGCCGCUGUUCCUGCUGUGUCUGCUGCUGCUGAUGGCUAUGUUCCUGUAUCAGUACCACCAGAGGGCCUACAGCCACAGGCAAAGGUUAGAGGUGGAGGACCCCUCCUGUGAUCAUCUCUACAUGACUAAAGACAGGGCCCUGCAGGACCUCAUUUACGAUCUGUCCACGUCUGGAUCAGGCUCUGGUCUGCCUCUGUUUGUCCAGCGGACUGUGGCCAGAACAAUCGUCCUCCAAGAGAUCAUUGGUAAAGGGCGUUUCGGGGAGGUGUGGCGAGGACGUUGGAGGGGCGGUGACGUGGCGGUGAAGAUCUUCUCAUCCAGGGAGGAGCGCUCCUGGUUCCGGGAGGCUGAAAUCUAUCAGACCAUCAUGCUCCGCCAUGAAAACAUCCUGGGCUUUAUAGCUGCUGACAACAAAGACAAUGGCACAUGGACCCAGCUGUGGUUGGUGUCGGACUACCAUGAGCACGGCUCUCUGUUUGACUACCUGAAUCGCUACUCUGUCACGACUGAAGGAAUGAUCAAACUGGCACUGUCAGCUGCCAGUGGCCUGGCACAUCUGCACAUGGAGAUUCUAGGAACACAAGGAAAGCCCGGUAUCGCCCACAGAGACCUGAAGUCUAAGAACAUCCUCGUGAAGAAGAAUUGCACCUGUGCCAUCGCUGACCUGGGCCUGGCUGUCCGUCAUGACUCUGCCACCGACACCAUCGACAUUGCACCCAAUCAGAGGGUGGGCACCAAGAGGUACAUGGCUCCAGAGGUUCUGGAUGAGACUAUCAACAUGAGACACUUUGACUCAUUCAAAUGUGCUGAUAUCUAUGCUCUGGGGCUGGUCUACUGGGAGAUUGCCCGCCGCUGUAAUAGUGGAGGUAUCCAUGAAGAGUACCAGCUGCCCUACUACGACCUGGUACCUUCUGACCCUUCCAUAGAGGAGAUGAGAAAGUUGGUGUGUGACCAGAAGCUACGACCUAACAUCCCUAAUUGGUGGCAAAGCUACGAGGCCUUACGGGUUAUGGGAAAAAUCAUGAGGGAGUGUUGGUAUGCUAAUGGCGCUGCCCGCUUGACAGCCCUGCGCAUCAAGAAGACUCUCUCCCAGCUCAGCAUUCAAGAGGACAUUAAAAUCUGAGCUAAGUCAGCGGAGCGCCGAGACCACAGAGCAGGACCGGACUCCAGUCUGUAUGACUCUGAGAGGAAGGGGCCGGGCCUUCUACAAAGAACGCACAAAGUAAGAGAAAAUGAUGGAGAGUCGCACUUUGUAAAAUAUUACUCCAUUGACACUCCUGCCAGUUUUGAAGCCACUUGAUUUCUGACAAACCCUACCUCGCUUACCCAGCCAGACUACCAAGAACACCUUUCCUGUCUCGUCCUCAGCUACUGCUGCCCUUUCUGUUCCUCUCUACACUCCGUACUAACAAGGAUCCUUGGAUUUCCUGUGUACUUGUAUGCAAUCGAUAGCAGGAUAUGUAAUUAACCAUUUAACAUUCUGAAAAUCAGUUGCUGAUAUUCCCUCAAGGUCUCUUUGAUCACAGUUGCUUAAAAAAAACAGCAUUUGCUCAUUUUGUCUUUGAAAGGGGUCAAACUGGGAGGGUGAGGAGUGUUUUAAAAUAUUUUUACUUAUUCUGUUAUUUAGAUGACAAUAUCUCGUUAUUAAUAUAUGGGUGUUUCUGAGGCUAUUGUUCAGGUUUCUCUGUGCCACCUGCAGCAAACAGGCACAUCACAAACUGCUUAGAAAUCCUUCAAAGAGAACAAUCCAUCUGAUUCUGCUACAACUGUGUUGUUUAGUUGUCUUCUGAUUAUCAUGUAAGCAUGUACAAAGCAGUUGAGACAGUUUGUGUUUUAAGACUUCGGAGUCACUGGAGCAUUAGGGCAACUUGCCAAACAUGAUUUAGGCUUUGGACCCCUUGUCUGGAGCCCGUCCCAUAAGCUGUUGUAAACCUCAGGUUUUCCUUAUGCUUACCAAUCAACUGUUGAGAACCAUCUUAAGCAAAAUACACAUUUAGGAAUUAUUAAGCAAAAAUACAUUACAGCAGGAUGGAGGGUUAAAUGUAGAGCAACAGCUGCCAGGGUCUGCAUGUGUUGUGCUUGAUCUUCUUAGCUGACACACUCGCUGGCUUCAGAUUGGCACACGUCUUGCAAAACACAUGUAAUAUAUUUAAAUGGUAGUAUUUCAAUCUAAAGCCGCUAUCUCUCGAUCAACCCACAGACCAUAACCUGCCAGAGGGUAAGCGUUGCUCCAGCGGCUCAGAUAAGCUGGUGUGCACGACAUUCAGAUAAACCUUUCCUCCUAUUUACACUGUACUUUUUUUUAAAUCUCUUUUAAAUACACUAACCCCGGGAAUAACGGUUUGUUUUCGUUCGUUUUUUAAUAUUUUCAAAGCAUGUCCAAUGUUCUUUUUCCCCUCAGGGCACAUAUUCCCUGGCCAAGUAUAACUACUGCACACAAACUAGUUUUUAAGGUGAUACUUGUGUAAAUAUGACGGUUAAAUUUGAUUUAAUGUUGAUACUUAGUUCAUGUCUUAGAUAGUUGAAUCUUUUAUAUCGGCUUUUUUUGGUUGGUGGAAAGAGAAAAUUACUUCUGUCGUGAUGUCUGUAAACAGAAUUAUGUACCAAUUUACUUUUUGACCUCUGAAGUGAAAUCACUGUAUGUGUCAGACACAGUGCUUAUGUUGACUUUGUCCUAAUAGCCCUCUAUUACUGCAGAGCAGUAUUAGACUUUAUCCCCCCUCACAGCUCCUUUUAUUCCCCAUACAAUACCUCCUCAGUGUGCACAUUGUAUGUGGAUUGUUUCCGUCAAGCUAACAUUGUCAGAAAUCACUGUCUACAUUUUUUUAUGUUUUCAGGAAAUAGGUGCACUUUUGUCUUUAGCUGUAUGCAAAUCCAACAGGUACUUUCUGCGUGUAGUCCUUCCCAUGUUAUUUAUAUGUGUAUGCUGUGAGUCCCUAGGAAAGCCUGAAGGCCACGUGUGCACUACUACUGACCUCGCAGCAUUAAAACCAAAUGGUUCUCAGAAUUAUCUCUGGUCAUGGCCUCGAGUGUUUAUUUAAGAUCACGUCACUGAAAAUGAGAAUGUUUAUACGAAUCAUGCCAACCAGUUGCAGUACACUUCUGACUGGAGACUCUCUAAAGAGGAUCGGACUUUUUCUUUGGGAGAAGAAAUGUUGAAACUAAAUACUACUGAAAUGUCUCAAUGCUGUCUCACAAAUGUGUUUGACCAAUACUUUUUAUUUUAAAAAUCACUUGCUCACUGUAUUCUUCAAGUCUUUCAGGAUGUUUGCGAGAACUAAGAGACCGCCCUUCAUGCUGUUGUUUUUGGCUGAGAAAAAGAAUGUGCAGAUCUACUGUUCGAUAGGUGGUCGACCAUAAUAUACACUAAAGGGGAAUGUUUGUCAUGUCCAAUAGUACCUGCCUUACAAUGUUUAAAAUGCAUAGGGUAUUUAAGGUUUUAAAACCUUGCUCCAAGUGUCCCCAUUGAAGAAGAGGAGGGUGUGAGUUAAAGAAAUGAGGCGUUAUUCUACAGGUUGUGACAACUCCCAGGUCUCUGUCCACGUGGCAAAGAGACAACUGCAUCCAUGUAAAAACCCCUUCAGGACUUCAAUCAUGUACCUUCUAAUAUAGAGUAAUAAAUGCAAUUGUUUCCA